ACUCGCCUGGCCGCUUGAGUCGAUGCAGCUUGCAAUAUUUCUCUUGUAUCCGCGCUGUUAUGCAUAACCACAAGGAGAAAAAAUGGGUCGUUGCUCACUUCAUGGUAGGAAACACCUACCCGUACACUCUGGGAGACUGGAUCGAGGAUAUCCAGCUUGCAAGUCAUCAUGGAAUUGAUGGUUUUGCUCUGAACGUUGGGAGAGAAGACUGGCAGAAGGCCCGCGUGACUGAUUGCUACGAGGCCGCAUUACGGGCGACGAAGCAUUUCAAGCUGUUCCUCAGCUUCGACAUGACGUCGGUACCAGGGAGCACUGAAGCCGAUGUUGUCCUUCUAUGCGAUUAUGUCUCCCGAUUUGCUGCGCAUCCCCAUCAACUGCUGUACCAUGAUAAAGUCUUGAUAUCGACCUUCGCAGGAGAGAACGCUCUCUUUGGACGAGCCAACAUCGAGAGCGCAUGGGCAGGGGUAAAGGCCAAACUUCAAGCUAUAGCUCCUGUGCAUCUGGUACCUGCGUUUCUCAUUGACCCUUCCCGUUACCCUAGCAUAGCCUCUAUGGACGGGUGUUUCAACUGGAAUGGUAGUUGGCCAACUCAUUUGACUCCACGAUCUCCUCGAGAAGAGAUUAGAUGUCCAAGACUAGAGACGGACCAUAAUCAUAUCCGCCAAUUGGGCGGAAGGACGUUCAUGGCUGCGGUUUCGCCGUGGUUCUUCACGCAUUACGGACCUGACAGUUGGAACAAGAACUGGAUAUAUCGUGGUGAUGACUGGCUGUACGUCCGCCGGUGGGAGCAGCUCGUCGCAAUGCGCGACAAUGUGGACAUUGUGCAAAUAAUAUCGUGGAAUGAUUACGGCGAAUCGCACUACAUCGGGCCAAUCAAAGGUGCACAGCCCAACUCAGAGGCAUGGGUCGAUGGCUUUCCGCACGACGCGUGGCUUCGCAUAACCAAGUAUUUCGCGGAUGCGUUCAAAACAGGGCUAUACCCUCCAAUCGACCGAGACAGGAUAUUCAUGUGGGCGCGUCCGCACCUGAGAGAAGCGCAUGCCCCAGAUCGAAUACCUAGGCCAGCGAACUGGGAGUUGACGGAAGACGCAUUCUGGGUGGUCAUAUUCGCUACUGUGCCGACCGUGGUAGAAUUAGCCAGCUAUCGUUCCGAAGCGGACGCACGGACGUUUGAAGUGCCGGCAGGUAUCACUAAACUAUCUCAUGCUGUUGAUUCAACGGGCAGCAUGAGUGCUCGGAUGUUCAGGGAAGGAGUCUUGGUUGCAGAAUGCGUCCCAGGACGGGACGGCUUUCACUUCCAGCAGGGACCGAAGGUAUACAACUUUAAUGCGUACUGCGCCAUGUCUUCCUAGUAGGCUGCCAAGUCUUUUCCGUUUUGCC